UCCGCCCCCCGCCUGUCAUUUCUCCGCCCUUGCGCUGUUCCCAUCCUCUUUUUCGCUGUCGCAGCACUCGGCCAUCGGCUCCUUCUCCUUUUCCUUCGGUCUCGCCCUCGGGAUUCAUUCUCCUCUCCUCCCCUGGUACCCUUGACCUAGUUCUUGCUGCCGCCGCUGCCCCAAAUUCUCCCUCCCGGCUCUGGCCUCAGCAUCUCAGGUAGUUUAUUUGGUGCAGAAUUCUUUUUGAGGAUCUUUAUACAGUACUCAAAUAUGGCAGAAGCAGUAUUGAUCGAUAUCUUUGGUUUGAAAUUGAACUCUCAGAUUAACUGUAUGCUACUAAAAACACUGAAUGCUGUCCACUACCUCCAUGCCACAAAUGCUAAAUUCCUUUGCAUAAUGUGUGGCCAUAAUCUCAAAUGUGAAAAUGACUGUGAACAUGAUAGUGAACUUGAAAUGAUUAAUAGUUUACCAGCCCUUCAAAUGGGAUUUGAGGUUAUAAGUAAUUCCAGCAUGGCUGCUGUCUUAUAUACAGUUAAACAAAAACUUGAUGAAAAAAAUUUGGAUAGUAUUAAAAUAAUGACAACACUACAGAGAAAAGCACUAAUGAAAGUUUUUAUUGAUCAACUCUUCACUGAUGUUUACCAUUUUGAGUUUGAAGACUUACCACUAGAUUUGGGAGAAAGUCAUAUAAAAGAAUCCAUUGAGCUAAACAGUGUUACAAACCAAGAAUUAGAAGAAAUCCAGAAUGAUAUCAAAACAUAUUUGAGAAGUCUACCAGGACUGAAGGGAGAACCCAUCAUUCUCACAUCUUCCUUGAUCCCAGAUACUUUCAUACAUGGCUUCACAACAAGGACAGGUGGGAUAUCUUACAUCCCCACUCUCAGUUCUUUCAAUCUCUUCAGUAGUACUAAGCGUAAAGAUCCAAAGGCUGUCGUUCAAGAAAAUCUGUGCAGAUUGGCUCAAGCGGCAGGAUUCAAUCCUGAAAAAUUUCACCAUAUAAAGACUGAUCAUGCCAAUGGUGUCUGGAUAAUGGGCAAGAAGGAACCUAAUUUGUAUGAUGGAAUAACAACCAACCAAAGUGGAGUAGCCAUAGCAGCUCUUGGUGCAGACUGUAUGCCUUUGAUUUUUGCAGAUCCUACUAAAAAAGCAUGUGGUGUCGCUCAUUCUGGUUGGAGGGGAACCUUGCUAGGAGUUGCUAUGGCUACUGUCAAUGCUCUUGUAGCAGAAUAUGGAUGUCACUUGGAAGAUAUUCUUGUUGUAAUGGGCCCUUCAGUUGGACCUUGCUGUUUUACUCUCCCAAGAGAUUCAGCAAAGGCCUUUCAUAAUCUUGACCCUCGGUGUGUAAGACUAUUUGACUCUCCAAAUCCCUAUGUUGACAUACGUAAGGCCACUCGAAUUCUUUUAGAACGAGGAGGAAUUCUUCCUCAGAAUAUUCAAGGUGAUUCUAAAUCUGACCAGAACCAAAAUCUUGACCUUUGUACAUCCUGUCAUCCUGAUAUGUUCUUUUCUCAUGUCCGGGACGGCAUUAAUUUUGGGUCACAAAUGGGCUUCAUAUUAAUUAGAGAGUAAUGAAUAUGGUACAAGUCUGGAUGUUUACCUGGGUUGUUUCCUUGCUGCCUAUAUGACUGCUUCCAGUAUUCCAGUGGCUCUAGGAUCUCAUCAAUAUGAAUAUUCUUCCCAGUGAUGGAAAAUAUAACCCUGCAUGCCUGCUCUUCCUUGGGAUUCUAAUCUAUACAUUCCAAUAAAUUCAUCAUUAGAGGCCUGACAGAUGUCCUUCUGGUAUCAUGGGUAACAAUAUAGCAUGUAGACUACCCAUUAGUUAUCUCUCUUUUUUACUACAUGAUUAGCCAUUUUUUCCAUUUUCACAAUUCUCAGAGAACAUCCAUUAUGCUAUUUGUGUAAUUCUUCAUUUGUGAUGUAUGUCACAUUGCCCUGGCAUACCAUGUGACUCUCUAUUUCUCUCUCUCUCUCUCUCUCUCUCUUUUUCUCUCGCUCUCACUCUCGCUCUCUCUCUGGAUAAUAUGCUGUUGUAAUUUCUUAGAAAACAUAAUAUUUCAUAGCUCACAGCUAUACAAUAUCACCAGAAGAUGGACUUUUGUUUCAGAAAGAAAUAUGAAGUCAUUGAAAAAAAUCUUUGUAGUUUCCCAGAGGAAAUCUAACCUGGCCCCCCUCAUCCUGUUUAGUUCUGGGCCCAAGCCAUUUUUCAUUUGGGGUGUUUGUCCAAGAUUUCUAUACUAAUGACUAAUGUAGAUUCUCUAUAGAUUGUCCAUCUAACUAUAUGUAAUAGUUUGGGCCGUAGGCAUUCACCAACCAUUCUUUUUUCAGUAUGGAUAGCUAUACUAUACUCUUUUAAGUAAUUAUGGAUCGUAUGUAGGAGGCUCUGGAUUGUUACUUUGUUUUUUGCAGCCAGCCCAAUGUCAUCUCUAAGACUUUAUCAUCUAUAAAGAAUCUACCUAUGUCUUUAACUUCUUAGAUCCCCUUCUUGAGAGUUAUGUACAUAUCUGGAAAGAACAACUUUUUUUCUGUUUUAGGCUUUUCUGAUAUUUUUAAUCAGAGUUGUUGACAAUGUCAUCUCUUAUAUCUUACAUGCUUUUGAUGUACAUAUGGGAGAUAGCUUGUUGGAGGACAGCCUUUAAGGUAGUAUUUUGCUUUACUGUGUUAAAUACUUGUUUACAAUCUAGUAGUAAGUACAGUAGAAUCUUAUAUUUUCUCUUCUAUUGUCAGUCAGUUGUGGCAUUGUAAUGAAUGGAAUAUCAUUUGUAAAACCCUUCUCAGUAAGCGUAUAUGUUAUCAUAACUCUAUGGUUCAAGAAUUAAUGAUGUUUACUUGAUCACCAUUUUUGGGGAGGGAAAUAAUAAUAAGAUUCUAGUUUCAUCUGUAAAUGACCUUGGGAUGACUUGGCUUAUUUAGAUCUUUUCUGCCUGCCAGUGAGGAAAAACCUAAGCCAUUUGAUUUACCUAAGGUUAGAUAAUUGAAAAAUUAGUUCACUAUCUUCAAGAAAAUUGUAUUUUCAUUAACAUUCAGAAUGAAAUAAAUUUAUUUAGUUCUUUUUAGAAUGGAUAUGAAAUCAGUACGAUCUAGGCUAAUGUAAGAAGAAAGAAAGCAUAUUAGAGAGAGCGGGGGCUCUUAUUAAAUGCUAUGCACAAGGCUUUGUGCUACCUUUUUGAGGAUACAGUAAGAAAAAUGAGCCCUCUGCUGCUUUCCAUGGCUCUCUUCUAACAGGAGAAGAGAAUAUAGAGAGGAGAUAGGUAAUUUCAACUGCAAGUGGAAAAACCCCAUAGAAGCAGAAAAUAAGAGGUGGUAAUUAAUGUAAUUUAAUGUCUUUAAUGUUACUCCCAUUGAUAAAACCAUCUUUGUUCUUGAUAUUAAACCAUUUCACAGUGAUAAGGACUUUUGUGGCAAGAACUUUCAUUUCCAGAUGUGUUUUACUAUACAGACUAGCAUAUACCUUCCCAUGACAAUGCUUUGAGAUUGCUUCAUUAUUUAUUGAGAUUGCUUCAUUUAUUAUUUAUUAGCAGCUUGAUAUAGGAGAAAAAAACUUGGGAAUUAGGAGUCAGGAGAUCUGACUUCAACCUAGUAUUUAUUUUCUGUCUCUUAAACAAAGCAUGCAUGCUUUAGGCUUAGAUUCUUAUCUGUAAAAUGGGGAUAUUUCUUUUAUUACUUACCUUGUAAGUUUUGAGGAUCAAAUGUAAAGUACUUUGUAAAAUACUAUAUUGAUAUUAACUAUUAUCAUUAAUUAUAGUAGAGCAUGUCAGAGAAAUCUCUUCCUAGCCCUCUUUAUGCCUUCUUUGAUUUCCCUAAGCCAAAUGUGAUUUUUUUCUCUUUUCUGGAAUCUCUUAGCACUUUACAUUUCUCACAUGCACUUAUCACAGUCUACUUUAUAUAUAGUUGUUUGUGUACUUUCUUUGUUAGACUGUCAACCUUUUUAGAUUUCCCACAGGAUCUAAUAUAGCAUGUUUCACAUAAUCUCAUGACCUCUCAGAAAUGUUUGUUGAAUUUAUUAAUUUAAAACAGACCAUAGACAUAUCAAGCAUAUUUAAUGUAUUUUGUUAUAUGACAUUUUAAAAGAAUUCUUAUUGACUUUCAAAAUCCUUAAAUUUGCCAUUCACUUCAAGGUACUUAGCACUUUUGAAAAAUAACUGAGUUAAAAAGUUUUGUAGUGAUCAGUUGUUACAUCUUGCAUUGUAAAUUAAAAUAAUAUAAUUAACAUGAAGACGUCCCAUGUUGAUACAAUUAUACCUCAUUUUACUCUUUUUUUUUCCUUAAAGCUCAGUAAGAAGUCAUUUAAUCAAAAUACUUGAUGUAUUUGGCCCAGCUUUGGGAAAAGAUGAGUCACAAACUAUAUUUGUGCCAAUGCAGAUAAGCAAGAAUUGACUGUGAUAUAACUUCAGGGGAUCACAAAAUACAUUUUCUUUAGCUUUGAGGGGAAAAUACUGCAUCAACAAUUACUACUAAAAAGACUUAAAUUUUUCGAAAGCCAUGCUUUAGCACAUCCUGAAAAGAGAAGGCUUUCAUAUUCUGUGUGCUUAUUUCUUUCUAGAGAACAUCAGUGGUUCUUUAUGAAAGUGGUUUCUUUAUAUGAAUGUUAAUGUUAAUUGCAGGUAUUUGUCCCAUCAUCUUUUACCUUUUAGUCUUUGCUUCACUGUCCCUUUUGACAAAAAUAAACUUCUCUUGGGGAUUCUGACAACUCCCAUUGAAAAUCUCUCCUUUUCCCCUAGUUGUGGUGCUUGCCAUCACUUCCUCUAAUUGUCAUGCUUUUCUAUUUAUGAUAUCACUUUCCUGGGAGAAUGUAAGCUCUUUAAGGGCAGGGGUUGAUUUUCAUUUUGCUUUUGUGUUUCCAGCAACUAGCAGAGUACCUUGUACAGGUGAUUAAUAAAUGUUUAUGGCAUUGGAAACAGGAAAUGUCUGGUGGCUGAUUUAGACUGAGUAGUAAGUAAAAUGUAUACCCUUGAAUUGAUUAAGUUUGGAGGGAGGGUUGACUAUAAUGAAGAGCUCUAAGCUUCUUAUAUAACUUCCAUCUUAUAUUCUAAUUGUUCUGUACUUUAAUUAAUACUGUAUAAUAAAUGUAAAAGGGAAGGUGGUCUUACCAGGAGUCUAUAUGAAUGUACUGUUGCUGUGAUUUCUUUUUUUUUUUUCAGACUUGGAACAAACUGUACCUUCUCUCAUUUGGAUAAGAGAGUGACUUAAAGAUUAUUUAAAAAAUAUUUAUCACCUUUGUAUUUUGUUCUUUGAUGUGACUCCAAACCAUUCUCUAUUUUAAAUAAAUUUCCAAGCCCUCUGAA